GACGCGGCCCCGCGCCGGCGCCAUGGCGAUCUUCAGCGUCUACGUGGUGAACAAGGCAGGCGGCCUCAUCUACCAGCUGGACCACUACGCGCCCCGCGCCGACACCGAGAAGACCUUCAGCUUCCCGCUCGACCUCGUCCUGCGCCCGCACGACGAACGAGUCGUCGUCGCCUUCGGACAGCGCGACGGCAUCCGCGUGGGACACGCCGUGUUGGCCAUCAACGGCGCGGAGGUCAACGGGCGCUUCACGGCGGAUGGGAAGGAUGUGUUGGAGUUCCUGGGCAACCCGGCCAACUACCCGGUGUCCAUCCGCUUCGGCCGCCACCGCCUCUCCUCCAACGAGAAGCUGAUGCUGGCCUCCAUGUUCCACUCGCUGUUUGCCAUCGGCUCGCAGCUGUCGCCCGAGGUUGGGAGCUCCGGGAUCGAGAUGCUGGAGACAGACACCUUCAAGCUGCACUGCUUCCAGACACUGACAGGGAUCAAAUUCGUGGUCCUUGCUGACCCAAGGCAGGCAGGGAUCGACGCCCUUCUCCGCAAGAUCUAUGAGAUUUACUCGGACUUUGCUCUGAAGAAUCCUUUCUACUCCCUGGAGAUGCCAAUCCGAUGUGAGUUGUUUGACCAGAACUUGAAACUUGCUCUGGAGGUGGCAGAGAAGGCUGGACCCUUUGGACCUGGAUCAUAGAGGAAGCCUCCCCUGUGGCACAGACUCCUUUCUCUGAGGAGCAGGACCUCUCUUCCCCAUCUCGCCUCUGCUGGAACUCGCUCCUCCACAAGAGAGAGUGUGUAUUCCCCCAGCAUGCUUCUAUUUAUCCCCUUUGCCGUGAAACGUACCUGAAACUCAGUCGUUACUACUGUUUACACUGGGCCACAGAGACUUCCUCCGCUGCUGUGGCUUAGCUGCCCUUCAGUGAAGGAAGGGAGGAGGUGCAGCUCUGCAGCCUUAGUCCUUACCACUGUCCAUUCUUCCUUUCCUUUCACAAUUGUACAUAUAUGUUUUUCCUGUAUAGCUCUAACUUAUGGUUUUGCAGAGGGUUUCUUUCUGUGUGUAAGUAAUAAAAGUUCCUCAGCAUGGCG